AUGGAUGCCCCCUCCCCCCUUUCUUUUUCAGCUAUGCUCGUCGGCAAAACGUCGAGAUGUACUCCAUACGAGUGUCGCGAACCGUUCCACGGUGGAUCAUUCUUCGAGCACGAAGGGCAGCCCUACUGCGAGACGCACUACCACGGCAAACGCGGUUCCCUAUGCGCCGGAUGUCAUAAACCCAUAGCCGGACGUUGCAUAACCGCUAUGUUUAGGAAAUUUCAUCCAGAACACUUUGUCUGCGCCUUCUGCCUCCGACAACUUAAUAAAGGAACAUUCAAAGAACAGAACGACAAGCCAUACUGCCACGCCUGCUUUGAUAAACUUUUCGGCUAA